AGAGAAAAACAACUCAAUCUUAGAAAUGAAAAAAAAAGGAAUUAUGUGUUAAAGUUCAGUAAGCAAUUUAAUUAACAACUACCUGUGUUCUUAGUAAGACACAAGUAAAAAGGUUUAAAGUAUAGAUGUUUGGAAACUAUCAGAAGUACAUCAUGGCAGAACCUGAGCAAAGGGUUGCAACUCAUGGUGCGAGAUACUUUUCUAAGAUCAAGAUGUUUCUGUUUGCAUUAACAUGGGUAUAUAUAUCCAAAACAUUAUCAGGAAGUUAUUUGAAUUCCAUGCUCACACAUACAGAGAGACAAUUCAAUAUCCCCACAUCUAUAGUUGGAUUUAUCAAUGGGAGCUUUGAGAUUGGAAACAUUUUGUUGAUUAUAUCCGUGAGUUAUUUUGGAACAAAAGUGAAUAGGCCUGUCAUGAUUGGCGUUGGAUGUGUGGUUAUGGGCCUAGGGUGUUUCUUAAUGUCACUACCUCAUUUCCUGAUGGACCGAUACGAAUAUGAAACAACAAUUUCACCUUCAAGCAACUUGUCCUCAAACAGCUUCCUGUGUUCGGGAAUCGGAACCCAGACCUUAAUGCCAACACCUGACCCAAAAGAGUGUGUGAAAGAAAUUAAAUCAUCAAUGUGGAUAUUUGUAGCAGUAGGAAAUAUUAUAUGUGGAAUUGGUGAAACUCCCAUUAUGCCCUUGGGUAUUUCCUACAUAGAUUUUGCCAAAUCUGAAAACUCCCCUUUAUACAUUGGGAUUUUAGGAACAGGCAGGAUCAUCGGCCCUUUGAUUGGGCUUUUGUUGCCAUCCUUCUGUGCAAACAUUUAUGUAGACACUGGGUCUGUGAAUACAGAAGACCUGACCAUAACUCCCACUGAUACACGCUGGGUCGGUGCUUGGUGGGUCAGCUUUUUGAUCUGUGCAGGAGUGAAUAUCCUCACCAGCAUCCCCUUUUUCUUUCUUCCCAAAACACUCCCAAAGGAAGGACUGGAGGAUAACGUGGAUAUGACUAAAAGUGACACAGAAGGGAAACACCAAGAAAAAGCCAAGGAGGAAAAACGCGGACUCACUAAAGGCAAACAGGAAACUUUAAACGCUGUAUUUGGUUUAGAUGGGUCUGCAGUUAGUGUAGCGUUUGUUACCCUGUGCUGA